UGUCACGUGAUACUUUAUUAACCAAUCAUAGCCGUUGUUCGUGCCCUAUACGUGGCACACAGCAUGAAUCCUUUCCACGUCCGCCAUUUUAACUUGCGGUACUUUUCGGGAGUGCUGGUUUUAUGUUUUAUCGUUUCUUGUGAAAACAAUAAUCUUUUUUACUGAAACGUCUUUUACAUAACCAGCCACCGAAAAUGGGGAAUGUGUUCACGUCGUUGUUUAAAGGUCUCUUUGGUAAAAAAGAGAUGAGGAUUUUAAUGGUAGGACUUGAUGCAGCUGGUAAAACGACAAUUUUGUACAAAUUAAAAUUAGGCGAAAUAGUCACAACUAUCCCAACUAUAGGUUUCAAUGUAGAGACAGUUGAGUAUAAAAAUAUUAGUUUCACGGUUUGGGAUGUUGGUGGUCAGGACAAAAUCAGGCCACUCUGGCGACAUUAUUUCCAAAAUACACAGGGACUGAUAUUCGUAGUGGACAGUAACGAUAGAGAACGUAUCGGAGAAGCUCGCGAGGAAUUAAUGAGAAUGUUAGCCGAGGAUGAACUUAGAGAUGCUGUUUUGCUUAUAUUUGCUAAUAAACAGGAUUUGCCAAAUGCAAUGAACGCCGCAGAAAUCACUGACAAAUUGGGUCUGCAUUCGCUUCGCAAUCGUAAUUGGUAUAUACAAGCGACAUGCGCGACAAGCGGUGAUGGCCUUUAUGAAGGUCUCGAUUGGCUUUCUAAUCAAUUGAAAAAUGCCAAUCGCUAAUCGAGGCGUUAUUCCGACAACAUUCAGUUGCUAUAUUAAAAAAAAAAAUACCACCAACAACAAAAAAAUAAAUAAUUAAACAACCAUCAACAUCAUCAUCAUUAAAAAAAAAAAAAUACAGACAAGAAAAUAAUAAUAAAAUUAAAAAAAAAAACUACGAUCGCUACUCGCGCGCGCGCGCCCUGCGCCCUCUCCCAUUUAAAAAGUAAAUAAAUAAAACAAUAAUAAUAAGACGUAGGAUUUUUGCAAAACGUUACUGCAAAAAUCGGACUCUUUUUGUAUUUUGUAAAACGAGACGAUCAAUGUUUUUCAACCAAAAAAUGAAUAAUAAUAGAAAUAACAACAACAAAAUAUACCAACUAUUGAAAAAAAAAAGGAAAUGGAAUUUUAGUGAAAAAAAAAAAAAGUUUUUGGGCGAGGGCGAGAGAGCAAAAAUGGACGAGUGGUAAAAGGGGGUAGAGAAGGGGGGAGGGGGGUAAAUAAUAAAAAAAAAAAAAUCAAUUGAGUGACUGCGAAAAAAAAAUCGCUCACACACUGGACUAUAAAAUUGCCUCGUGCAGACUUCUUAUUAAUUAUUAUUAUUAUUAUUAUUAUUAUUAUUAAUAUUAUUAUUAUUAUUAUAAUUAUUAUAUUAGCGUCAUAGUUACACUUUUUACACAGAGAAUUACCACGAGAAAAAGAGCGCGAGAGAGAGAGAGAAAGAGAGAGAAAGACACUUUGGGGUUAGGGGGGGGGAAUUUUUUUUUUUAUUUUAGAAAGAGAGAUAAUGUAUUAAAAAAAAGUAGAAAAAUUUUUUUUCUUCUUUAAAACUAUUUGAUUUUUUUUUUAAUUAAUUUUUUUUAUCAGCCGACAUCCCCCUUUUUUUCUAAUUUAAAUAAAAGUGAUUUAAAAAAAAAAAUUCUGGGAGAGAAGAAUAAUUUAAAAAGAAUAAAAAAAAAUUUGAAAAAAAAUAUUAUUAUUAUUAUUAUUAAUCGCAAUGUUGUCAGUUUGAAAGUUUGAAUGUGUUGGAAAUGCUGAUUAUAUUGCAUAAUGUAGCUGCAUAUUGUACAUUAUUAUACAAUUAUUGAAGAAGAUGAAAAAAAGGGGAAAUAAAGUAAAGAAAUAAAAAAAAUGGAGAUAGAAAAAGUAAAAAAGUAAAAGAGUGAAAGAGAGAGAAAAUAUGAUAAAAAUGUAAUUUUAUUAAGAAAACCAUUGUCCAGUAUCUUUUUUUAGUCUUGUAUUUUUUUAAGCACUUUCUUUCUUGAUUUAAAAAAAAUUUGAAUGAAAACAAUUUUUUUGGUUUUUAAAGAAUUUUUAUUUUUUUAAAAAAGAGAAAAAACUCGAAAGUAGAGAGAAAGUUUACUCUUUUUUUUUUUUAGAAAUUUUAAACGUUUUUCUAUUUUUUAAAAAGAAUUUUUUUUUUCUUAUAAUUAGUACUUUUUUUUAAAUAGUUGAAAAUUUUAAUUUCUAUACUUUAAAUACUUCUUUUUUUCUUUUCUUUUCUUUUUUUUUUUUUUUUGAUUUUUUUUCCCUUCAUCCACAUUGUGAACGAAACUGAAAAAAAAAUCGAAAUAAAAAUUAAAAAAAAUAAAUAAAAUAAGGCGUCACGUCUCAUAUCGUUGAUCGAACACACGCCUUUCUAUGGAAUGCGAAAGCUCGAAUAAUUAUGUAUGAAUGUUCAACAAUUUUGUGAAAUAUACUGUAAUUGUGGCUUUAUA